CAGAAGCCCGGGGAGUGGGCGAAUUUGGUGCUCGCGCGUUUCGAGGAUCAGGUGCGCGAUCGCUCCGAUGCUCCGAUGCAGGGAAGCAUCGGUCACCCUGGCCCCCGUUUCCUGGUCGUUACGUUUCGUGUGCUCGCCCUCCUCGUCUCACCCUCUUCCGGUGUACGGCUACACCUCCUCUUCUCCUCCUCCUCCUAAUGUCACGUUCACGAUGCAUCUAUUGGCACUUGCGUCGGUACCCGUUUGUUCGUCGACUCCUCGUCAACGCCUUUCAUGGGCGCGCCUUGAGGACUCCACACCGGUACCGGUCGGCCCCACUCCCCGCCAUACUCGCAUCCGUUCUCCGGGUAUCGAAUUUCGAGUUUUCUCGUUGCAGUGCGCGGGGUGGUGGCAAUGCUUUCUCAGCCAACUGCUCCCGGCUUCCGGAUCUCCGCGGCGGGCGAGGACGAGGAUGCGACUGACAGCCGGUUGUGCCCACGAGUCGGUCAGCGUUGAUUCAGGCUGAAUUUGAACUUGAAAUGAUACCCGACGGCAGGCUACGCCGCAAGAAACGCAAUUCGAAAAUCCCGAUUCCAGAGAUUCUCGCGAACCCUUAACGUGGACAACGACGAAAUUUACAAAAGGGAAUUCGUAAAGAUUGCACACCGUUGCCUCAGACGUUUCACUUCUCUGACACAAAUUUGCCGAAAGAUUCGCUCUCCCUUGUACUUGCUCGCGCGAUAUCUCGGCGAGAAGCGACUCGUCGAAACGACGUCGAACCGAUGUCGAGUCGUUUCGGUAUCGAUCGGCGAAAUCAUUUCUCACUGGGAUAUGCCGAUUUUACACCCGGUUUUCUAGGCGCGGCAAAGAGAAUUGUAUUUUACACGGAAAUCGAUCAGAGAUUUGUUUAAAAUUUCGAUAGAUCAGGGCUUGUUGAAGUGUUCCUACCACGAAGAGCGGCGUGUCGAAGUCUCGCAUUGAGCACAAACGAGAUUCAUUCGCGCAAAUGACGUAGAGACUGGCACGUUCAAUACGUCGGCCUGAUUGAAAUGUUAAAAUUCGCCUUGGCGCAAUUCUCUCAACUCGACACGAUUGCGAGACGCUCGACGUUUUGCCACCAGGCUGUCGUACGAGCAGUCAUUGAUCCAACGUCUCUCGGACGUAACAGAGGGGAUCGAACUGAACGGGUUUUCGAAUUGGCCAUCGCGAUCUAGAUUUGUCCUCCGAGGGGGGGGGGGGGAAGAAAUCGAACGUCCUGUGAUCGCGUAAGACGGUCGUACGUUUCGAGUGAGUAUCGAUAUAAAGUGGAGGGGAUCGCCGUGGCAGAGAAUACGAUGUCGUCCUACCCUCCUUGAUUCGUUCAUUCAUGAAAAGAUGCAUUCUUGCAAAGAUGGCCCCUCCUCUCCCGGCUCCCCUCGUGCGGUUUGACCUUCGCCCCCUCCGCCUCAAUCUCGCCGCGAGAGCAGCUCAAUCAAGGUGUAUACACAGUAACGUAUCUAUUAGGGGCGCGAGGCGUAGAUAUCGGUAGAUCUUGCAACCGCGUUAUCUCCUUUACCCCCCGCUGUACGUUAGCGUGAGUGACGAGAGGGACGAUGUGAUCGCGAUUAAAACUGCGUGUUACUCGCGCGCGGUACGCGGUAUGAAUUUGCGCGAACGUGGGUAUUCGCGAAACCAACGGGGACGUUGACAAUGGGCACUCGGUCAACGAAUCUUUCCGAGCAAAUUGAAUAGAUUUCAGGUCGAGAUCCUGUACACUCGCAUUCGUCCCGCCCCCGUGAAAGUGGCGAUGAAAAAGGGGGAAAAAAAGCACAGAGAACGAAUUCUCUUACAGUAGGUGCGUUUGACGCGAGUCGAUGAAUGAGACGGGGUGGAUCCAUGAAUGAAAGUUGGCAUUCCCUUUACGCACAGCUCGACCGCGCCGCCCGCGCUACCCGAACAAAGGGGAAUAAAACCGAAAUUGAUUGAGUCGCACGAACGUACGAGCGGGACGUUUCCCGACGCCGAGGCAGACGUUAGUCGCCACAUUAUUUCAAUGAUCGUCACCUUUCGCCCCCUCGUUGCCUCCUCCAUUCCAGUAGUCGCCGUACCCGCGGGAGACGAAAAUGGAUUUACCCAUUGCUCGUCCGCGCACACUUUGUACUUUAUUUAAAUAUAUAUAUUUAUUAUGCAUUGUACACGUUUUGUUUAUUUUCACCUCUCUCUAAGAGAUCGCUCCUUUGAACUCCAGCUGCCGUGUCGUUCCGGUUCCGAGAGCCCUCAUUCUCGGGUGAACGAGAAGAGGAGCAAGAAAUGCCUGAUAGAGAUCUCCCGGUACCGUUUCUCGCUCGUCAUAUCUGGCCUCACGAAGAUGCUGCAGCGGGUCAACGAGCUGACGCCGAACACGAGCAGCCAGCGGCCGUUCCAGCCCAAAGAUCAGGACCGGCAAGAGUCCAUCAUCAUCGUUCUAGACACGCUGGAGAAGUGUCUGGCGAACACGCCGAAGGACACGACGAAAUUUGAGGAGGCGAUGAACGUGAAACUGCUGCUUCGGGAGAUAUGCCAGUUCAUAGGCAUGCCGUACGACAGCCCACAGACGAAAAUGAUAAGGGAUUUAGCGAGCAAGGUGCUAUUCGCUCUAAGUCUGAAUUUCUUCAACGCGGUCUUCAACCGGAUAUCGGCCAGACUUCAGGAACUGUCCAACAGCGGGGACGAGAAUCCGGACUGCAGUGACAUCGAGCUGAUGCAGUAUAUCAAUGUCGACGUCCACAGGUUGACCAGGCUUCUGAACGAAACUAUACAGAAAGUCCGGCAGCUCGUUGGCAAGAAGUCGGCAUAUCUCGUGCUCAUGAAUCCACUGGAGAAGGCGAUCUGGAACUGGAUGGACACGUAUCCGCAGGAGUUCGCCAAUGUGCAGAAGCAGCCUAAUGAGGAUCUGAAUAAGGCCUGCGAGGAGUUGUUCGAUAUCCUCGACACGUUCGUGGUUGAGAAGAAGAGCCGCGCGGCCACCGUCUGGCCACUGCAGAUGAUGCUGCUGGUACUCUCGCCCAAGAUACUGGAGAUUGUGAGCGCCGAUUCCAGAUCACCCGAUUCGCCACGAUAUUCGAGGAAGAAACAGUUUAUCGAUAGUGUAAAGCGUAGUCUGAGAAUGCACGGCAGCUCCUCUAGUCGCCAACUGUCCGAGGCCGCGGCGAUCACAUGCGUAAAUCUGAUUAAGGCGGCCACGUACGUCAGCAACACCGAAUCUGGUAACAACGUCGUCCUAACUCUAGCACAGCAGCUGAUGGACGAUUUGAUGAGCCUUCUCUUCAACCCCUCGAAGCCGUUUUCACGCGGGCAGAAUUACAGUGCGCAGGACGUCGAUCUAAUGAUUGACUCCUUCGUCAGCUCCUUCCGUAUCAAUCCACAUAACAACGAAGUUUUUAAGUUUUGCCUGAAUGUCAAUUACCCGUCAACGUACCAGUUCGUCCUGGUCAGCUCAUUAUACAAAAUCUUUACGCAACCGAGAUUAUCGUGGUGGCCGGAGACCAGUCUUGUAUAUUCCUACGGGACAGAACUCAGGAAUAUGUUUACCGAUACUCUGAACAAGGUGACGCAGAACUGUAUGUGGAAUACGCCGCUGCGUAUGAUUCACAACUUUGCCCUCAAGCCUAAAGAGGAGAUGGCCAAUUCCAAAAAUCUGUUGUUGGUGAUGGUGCGACUCAUUCACGUAGACCCUAUGUUGAUGUUGCAUAAUUACGGCACAGCUGGUCACGAAAUACAAAAGUCCACUUUAGAAUUGAUUAAUGGACUUGUCUCGUUAGUCCAUCAAUCCACGAUGCCGGACAUCGCCCACGAAGCGAUGGAGGCUUUGCUAGUUCUGCACCACCCGGACAAGGUUAAAGCGUGGAAUCCAGAAGCACCGCUCGACACUUUCUGGGACGCCAGUUCGCAAGUCGUUUUCUCGAUCUCCCAGAAAUUGAUUCAACAUCAGAUUUUCAAUUACACGACUAUACUUAAAUGGCUUCGCGAGAUAUUGAUUUGUAGGAAUACUUUUCUUUCUCAGUACAAAGAUUAUGGGAAUGUGGACAGCCACAUUGCAAUUAGUAAACAAGCGCAUAUUAAACUUGAGGUCGUGUGCUUGAUGUAUUUAUGGAGUAUAGACAUGGAGGCGGUUUUAGUAUCCAUGUCUUGUUUUGCAUUAUUAUGUGAAGAAGCUGAAAUUCUUUGUGGCAGCGAUGAGGUAGCAGUGACCUGUCUGCUUCCAAAUUAUCAGUUAUAUUCAGAAUUGGCACAAGCUUCGACCGUGUUGAUCUCUGCCCACGGGGAGAGUAGACUAUGUUAUCAGGAAUAUAAUCACGGGCGUGCUACAUUACAAAAAAGAAUAUUAUUCCUGUUGAGAAAGAUAGAACAUUGCGUGAAUGGUAUACAACCAGCUUGGGAAGAAACAUUUAGAAAUUGGGAAGCAACUUCCCGGCAAUUGUCCAAUUAUCCUAAAAGCAAGACUGAGGACGUGCAGGUAGAGCCGUUUUGUCGCGGUAAUAUAAAACGGAGAGCAGCACAUCAGAAUUCAGAGCACGAAGUGGAAGAGCAAAUUAACGAGUGGGCCAACAUGACAGGGUUUCUUUGCGCUUUAGGCGGAGUAUGCUUACAACGUCGUUCACCUAGUAAACCACCGUACGGUGUAUUCCCUUUUAAUCCCGAGCAUAAAAGGGGCUUGACGAAACAACAGGAUUCCAUUUCGGGCUUAACAAAUGCUAAUCAAGAGGCGCAAUUUUGUCCAGUGACACAAUUCGUAUUCAACUUAUUACGAUUACUAAUUUGCAACAACGAGAAACUUGGCAGUCAAAUACAGAAGCAUGUAAAGGAGUUGGUCGCGCAUGAGAUGAGUCCUGCCCUAUAUCCAAUAUUGUUCGAUCAAAUAAAAAAUUUUGUUGAGAAAUUCUUCGAUCCACGUGGACACGUGGUAGUGUCGGAUUUAAACACGCAGUUCAUUGAACAUACCAUAUUUAUAAUGAAAAACAUUCUGGACUCAAAGACGGAUCAACCAUCGGAAUACCUCGGAGUGACUAACAUUGAAGGGAUGAUGUUGGCAAUCGUCAGAUACGUUAGGCAUUUGGAUAUGACGGUGCACUCGAUUUGUAUCAAAACCAAAUUAUGCCAGUUGGUUGAAGCCAUGAUGAAGAGGCGGGACGAUCUGGCAUUUAGACAGGAGUUGAAAUUUCGCAACAAACUAGUUGAAUAUUUAACCGAGUGGGUAAUGUGUACGCACCCUUUUUCUUCAACAACUGUCAACGAUAUUACAGCUUACACCAGAGAUUUGGAUCAAGCUUGCAUGGAAGCAGUAGGAGCAUUAUUACGCGGACUUCCUCUUCAGCCUGAAGAUUCUGACCGUGUUGAAUUGAUGGAAGCAAAGUCUGAACUAUUUUCGAAAUAUUUCAUGCUUUUUAUGAAUCUAAUAAAUUACUGUAACGAACCAUCAUUAUCAUCGGAGGACAAGGAUGUUGGGUCUCGGCAAUCGCCUACUUUAACGACUAACAAACUAGCCACUUUGCGCAACACUACCAUUCAAGCUAUGAGUAAUCUUCUUAGUGCGAAUAUAGACAGCGGCUUGAGACAUUCAAUACAUUUAGGCUAUAACGCGGAUCUUCAGACGCGAGCCGCAUUUAUGGAAGUGUUGACUAAAAUCCUUCAGCAGGGUACGGAAUUUGAUACCCUAGCUGAGACUGUCCUAGCGGACAGAUACGAGCAAUUGGUUCAACUUGUUACAAUGAUCAGUGAUAAAGGUGAAUUGCCUAUCGCCAUGGCAUUGGCUAAUGUAGUGACGACAAAUCAAAUGGAUGAGUUAGCGCGUGUCUUCGUGACACUGUUUGACGCGAAGCAUUUAUUGUCUCCUCUAUUAUGGAAUAUGCUUUACCGAGAAGUCGAGCUAACUGAUUGUAUACAGACUCUUUUUCGCGGUAAUACUCUGGGAAGUAAGAUCAUGUCCUUCUGCUUUAAAAUUUAUGGCACCAGCUACUUGCAAGGUUUGCUCGAGCCACUCAUCAAACCUUUACUGGACGAGCCCACGAUUAGUUUUGAGGUAGAUAGCGCAAGGAUUGACCCUAGCGAAAAUAUAGAACAAAACGGUGACAACUUAAUUAUAUUGACACAAAAAGUGUUUAAUGCUAUUGUAUCAUCAGCAGAUAUGUUUCCUCCACAGCUGCGCUCGAUGUGUCACUGCCUGUAUCAAGUAUUGUGCAAGAGAUUUCCGCAAUCUCCGCAAAGCAACAUUGUGGCCGUAGGAACGGUGAUAUUUCUACGUUUCAUUAAUCCUGCCAUUGUCUCGCCCCAAGAGACGGGUAUUGUGAACAAACCGAUACCGUACGAAGUCAAACGAGGCCUCAUGCUUAUGUCAAAGAUAUUGCAGAAUAUUGCAAAUCACGUAGAGUUCAGCAAGGAGCAACAUAUGUUGCCGUUUAAUGAUUUUUUGAGAACACAUUUCGAGAUCGGUCGACGAUUCAUCAUUCAAAUAGCAUCGGAUUGUGAAACGAUUGAUCAAAUCAGCCAUCCUAUGUCAUUCGUUUCGGAUGCCAAUGUCUUGGCAUUGCAUAGAUUGUUGUGGAAUCAUCAGGAAAAAAUUGGAGACUAUCUUAGUAGUAGCAGAGACCACAAAGCUGUUGGCAGGAGACCAUUUGAUAAGAUGGCUACGUUAUUAGCGUAUCUUGGUCCACCUGAACAUAAACCAGUGGAUUCUCACUCGCUCUUUUCGACUGCUUAUGUUCGCAUGUCACGAUGGGCGAACAAAGACUUGUCGUCGACUAAUUUUGAAGAGAUCAUGAUCAAGCAUAAUAUGCAUGAGAGAGAGGAAUUUAAAAGCAUUCAGAGCAUGAAUAUCUUUUAUCAAGCAGGCACUAGCAAGCAAGGCUAUCCAGUAUUUUAUUAUAUUUCACGACGAUUCAAACUCGGCGAAACGAACGGCGAUCUGUUGAUAUAUCACGUCAUUCUAACUUUAAAACCUUUCUACCACUCUCCAUACGACGUAGUCGUCGAUCUCACUCAUACGUGUUCAGAUAAUCGGUUUAGAACAGAAUUUUUACAAAAGUGGUUUUACGUUCUACCUGAGGCAGCCUAUGAAAAUCUCCAUGCGGUAUACAUUUACAAUUGUAACAAUUGGGUACGCGAAUACACAAAGUAUCAUGAUAGUAUCCUAGCGCCGUUGAAAGGUAAUCGGAAGAUUGUCUUCAUCGAUGGCCAAGUGAAAUUAAACGAUGUGAUUGAUGUCGAGCAACAGAAAUUACCUGGAGCGACAUUAUCCCUGGACGAAGACUUAAAAGUGUUCACCGGCGUCUUGAAGCUAUCUCACAAAGAGAUGAGAGUAUCCGUGAAGAUCGGACCAACGACGUUGCAGAUAACGCACACGGACAGAUCGAAAGUGUUAUCGCAAUCCAUUCUCUUAAAUGACGUCUAUUAUGCAUCCGAAAUAGAGGAAGUUUGUCUGGUGGACGACAAUUCAUUUGUGCUGACCAUUUCCAACGAAGCAGGACCUCUGACUUUCGCUCACAACGAUUGCGACAGUAUCGUGCAGAAUAUAAUUCACAUCAGGAAUCGCUGGGUGCUGUCGCAGCCGGACUCUAUGUCCAUUCACUCGAAAAUCAGGCCUAAGGAUGUGCCCGGCACCCUUUUGAACAUGGCCUUGCUGAAUCUCGGUAGUCCGGACCCCAAUCUUCGGACUGCCGCGUACAAUCACCUGUGUGCGCUCACGGCGACGUUUGGCUUGAAAAUAGAGGGUCAACUGUUGGAAACGUCUGGUAUUUGCAUACCGUCGAAUAACACCAUAUUCAUCAAGCAUUUGAGCGAGACUCUGGCGGCGAACGAUCCGCAUCUCACACUCGAGUUUCUUAAGGAAUGUAUACAAGGCUUCAGGGAAUCGACUAUCGAGCUGAAGCACUUAUGCCUGGAAUAUAUGACACCAUGGCUCAGCAACCUCGUGCGAUUUUACAAACCGCACGAUGAGGGUGGUAAGCGGCAGAAGCAAGUCACAGAGAUCCUAGAUGAUUUAAUUACAUUGACUGUCCAGGAGAUUGAAAUGUAUCCGAGUAUACAGGCCAAGAUCUGGAGUACGAUUGGUAUGCUGCCGGAACUGAUAGACGUUGUUCUUGAUAUUUUUCUCCAACGUAGCGCGCGAUAUGGCUUAGGCUCACCGAUGGCUGAGAUCAUGGCUGAUACUGCAGUCGCUCUGGCGUCCGGUAACGUGCAACUGGUCGCCAAAAAACUAAUCAACAAGGUAUGUCGAAUCGUGGACAAGACAUGCAUGUCGCCGACAUCGCAACUAGAGCAGCAUAUAAUGUGGAGUGACAUAGCGAUUCUGGCGAGAUAUCUCCUGAUGCUGUCGUUUAAUAACUGCCUGGAUGUAGGAAAACACUUGCCGUACAUUUUUCACACGGUGACGUUGCUUGUAUGUUCCGGCAGUUUGACCAUGCGAGCUUCCACUCAUGGUUUGGUGAUCAACAGUAUUCAUUCACUGUGCACGUGCAGUUCACCUUCGUUUACCGAAGAUACACAUAGGAUACUACGGAUGAGCCUCGACGAGUUCUCACUGCCUAAGUUUUAUCUGUUGUUCGGUAUUAGCAAAGUGAAAUCCGCUGCUGGCACGGCUUUCUACAAACACCCAAAAUCCAGCUGUAAACACGCGAAUGAAAAGUGGCUUAGUAACGAGAGAAGUUCGUACGGAACACAGGACAAGGAGAGACUCUAUUUAACCAGUUUGGAAGUCAUAACCGACGCUCUUCUGGAGAUCAUGGAGGCCUGCAUGCGGGAUAUUUCAAAGUGCGAUUGGUUAAAAACAUGGACAUCAUUAGCGAAGAACUUUGCCUUCUGCUUAAAUCCAGCUUUGCAGCCACGAGCCCUCAUUGUCUUUGGCUGUAUCAGCAAAAGUAUAACGGAUCAAGACAUGAGGCAAUUACUGAAGAUACUGAUGAAGGCACUCGAAAGUUUCAACGAUAUUAAUCUUAUGGAGGCUAUUGUUAUGUGUUUAACACGAUUGCAACCUCUGCUACGACCCGAAUCCCCGAUACAUAGAUAUUUAUUCUGGGUUGCCACAUCCGUUCUCGAGCUAGACGAAGUGUCGUUAUACGCAUCCGGCCUAGCCCUUCUUGAGCAGAAUUUACACACACUUGACUCGCAGGGCACUUUCGACGAAAAGACAUUAGAAUACGUAAUGAUGUCAACGCGUGAACCUUUGGAAUAUCAGUUUAAACAGUUGGAUCAUACUGUUGGUUUGUCCUUUAAAUCGAACUUUCAUUUUGCCCUGGUCGGUCAUCUUCUGAAAGGCUACAGGCAUCCUACGCCGACUACAGUCACCAGGACGGUUAGAGUAUUGACUAUGUUGCUGGCAAUCGUGGCUAAGCCUUCCAAGAGGGAUAAAUUCGAAGUAACGCCUGAAAGUGUCCCUUACUUGACCGCGCUAGUAGCUGUGUCAGAAGAAGUUCGUAGCAGAUGUCACAUCCGACACUCUCUUGACAAAAGUUUGCACGAUUCGUCAGGUAGUUCGGACGUUCUCGAUACUCUACCAUCGCGCAAUACGAAAUUUUACAUUCGCCAGGAUAUACCUGGAGCUUCCAAUCCUACGAGUAGAAGACAGAAGACCUGGGAUUUAUUGGAUCAAUCGGCGCUUACUCAAGCGAAACAACAAAAACAGUCUGCGCAGCGAUCCUUGAGCGUGCCGAGCGCAAAGGACGACAAAUCGAUGGACAACGUAGAACAUCAGAGAGAUCGCAGCACCAGAGUGAGCCUAAGCAACGAAAAUAACGUCUUACUCGAUCCGGAGGUAUUAACGGACUUUUCAACGCAAACCUUGGUGCUGACCAUGUUGGCUACGCUGGUGAAGUAUUGUACCAAUGACAACGAAACACGAAUAUUGUAUGAAUAUCUGGCAGAGGCAACCGUAGUUUUUCCUAAAGUUUUUCCAGUCGUACAUAAUUUGCUCGACGCGAAGAUCAAUAGCGUAUUGUCUUCCUGUCAUGACCAAGCGAUACUGAACGCCGUUCAAACUAUCAUACAGAACAUGAUAGCUUGUGAAGAUUCGAACCAGCAACAUCAUUUGCAACACUAUUUGCAAAGCUGCGGAUUCCGCGGCCUUUGGAGAUUCGCAGGACUUUACACGAAUUCAAACUGUACGCCCGAGAGUGCCGAAUUGUUUGUGAAUUGUCUGAGAGCAAUGGUGGAAAUGUGUUUGACGAUGCAAGAAUUGAAUAGUAAAGAGACAGGUGUCGGGAGGAAUAAACGCGCUGGCAGCUGUCAAUCAGAUUUUGCAUCGAGAACAAGACCAUCCGCUGGAAUUGUCCAAGAACAGUCUCGUUCUUCAAUAGAGAUCGACGCUUCUUCCGUUCAUUCACAUCAUAAUACGGAUAGCAAGCGAAACAAUUCGGUUGAUUCGAGUCAAACUAAGGACAUGGGUGGUGGUGAUGGUUCACAACCUUAGCAAUUAAUUUGCGAUGCUGGCAGGCAGUGUGAUAAAAGUGUGCGUACGAAGCAAAAUAAUCGUAAGCUGCAACGGCAGAUGAGAUGUGUGAACUCUAAAUAAUUACAUUGUAAAUAUAGAACUUCGCACACGUUUAUCCCGUGUUAUUGAUGUAACACGUUUGUCAGUCAGUUUAGUACAAUGCCGUCCACAUCAUGAUAAUGAGCCUACAGACGUGGAAGUUGUCGAAAGUUAUAUUUUCGAAGAACCUUAUUUUAUUUUUAUUAAUGAUUAUUAAUGUGUUAACGAUUGACUUUCUUUGAAUAUUACA